UGCAUUGCUGAAGAUAUUGGCAGAGGUCGUGUUUCUGUCGUGCAGCGAUGGAUCGGGGCUACCAGGGUCAAGCUGGGGGAUCUUUGCAGGGAUUGUAAGUCUGGGCGACUCCUGUGUAACAACGCCACAAGUUCGCGGCCGAUUGACUUGAAUCUAGACUUCCUACGGUUAUCGAGAUCGUCGAUCGACGACUCCAUCACGCAGAGCCUCAAUGCCCUGGUGACCCCUUCUCGAUCCGGGUUCGAUCCCUCCUCAACCUCCCAGCGUUCCCCGAGGCCCGUUUCAAAACAGAUUGACUCCCAGGCAUGCUCGGAGUUCAAAGACAAGGUGCUGUUCCCGUCCUGGGAGGCGAGAGCCGAGGUCUUGAGCUACUGUGCUCUUGUGGCCGCGAGUCCAGACCCCGACGAUCCCGAUCGAACACUGAGGGAGCUUGAGAAAGAGAAGGACCGUGAGCGAGUAGUUGAUGAGCGAUUGGAUCCAUACUCUGGCAGAUUCUUCCCACGAGAGGCGCGCACCGAGCGCCUGGCUUCGCUUGUCCGACAAGAGAGAGGCGUGGAGAACAUCGUACGACAUAGAACCUGGGAGGUAAUACAACAACGAUGUGGCGGUGAUCCGUUCGACCGUUGGGAGGAUGCUAUCAGCAUCUGGAAGAAGGAACGAAACUCGCAGCCACCGGCACAGUCAUGA